AGAUAUUUUACAGAGACGCAACAGUGAGGUAGGUGCGCGUCAGGUUUGCUUAUUGCUGAACUGCCCGGGGACUGGAGAGAGAGAGGCGGUAGGUAGGUAGGCGACUGGAAGCUCGAGAAACACCUGCUUGGCAACAGGUACCAGUACCUCCAAAGACUGAUAAGGAUGACAUCUAUUUAUUUUUCAUUAAUUGUGAACAGCAUAACGGAUGACAAAUCUGAAACAUUCUGGAAUGGAAAAAUCGUUUUCAAGUGUCAUAAAUUAUUAGGGGAGUAAUCAACAAAACAUUAAACUAAAUCAGCAAGAGGAUAUAACAGUUCAGUAGAGAGUAACUCUGAAGUUCAUUUUAAAGGGUCAAGAUGGAUUUUUACAGAAGUAUGGCGUCCCUGUACUUCCAGUGUGGAUUCUGAUCCAUAAUGGCCAACCUUGCUCUAUAGAAACAUUAUAACUCCUUUACAACUCAUGAUCUGGAAUGGACCACCACCUAAAUUUGACCACCAUCAUUCAAAUGCCAUCAAGUGCUGGAGACGGGGCUUGCUCAGUGGGCACGGUGGGUCACUGAUACCAGGGACCCAGAACUCUUCCCAAUGAAGGUGUCCUCCUGGUGGGAAAGCCUGGCACGGCUUGGCCUGCUCGCUAUCUUCACAUGGAGCUCCCUGGUCCAGGGGUGCGGGCCAGGCCCUGGGUAUGGCAACCGCCCUAGGCCCAGGAAACUCACCCCCAUGCCUUACAAGACCUCCUUCCCCAAACUUUCCGAGAACAACCUAGGUGCCAGCGGGAGGGUGGAGGGCAAGAUCACACGUAACUCAGAACGCUUUAAUGAACUGGUGUGUAACUACAACACUGAUAUUAUCUUCAAAGAUGAGGAGAAAACCCUUGCUGACCGCUUCAUGACCAAGGUAAGACUAGUUGAGAGACUGGGUCAGACAGUGUUUGUAAUGGUUAAUCAAGUUCAAUUAUCUCCAGGUUUAAGUUUGAUUUUGUAUGACAUUUACUGUGUGACAACGUCAAGGUCCCAUCGACUCACUUGGUGCCCUUUCCAUUUACCCUUUUAAGUCACUGGUCACUCAUGACUGUGUGGUACAGUAAUGUAGUUAGUAUUAGACAGGCCGAUAGGAGGAUACUCUUUCAGUGCGGGGAAACGGGUUCUCUGUUGCAGCUCAUAAGGGGAAUCCCUCUGCUGGAUGAUUGAUGAACUACAGCAGGUAGUGGCAUACAGAUUUUUUUAUAACUAUUGUCAAAUCAAAUCAAAUCAAAUGUUAUUGGUCACAUGCGCCGAAUACAACAGGUGCAGACAUUACAGUGAAAUGCUUACUUACAGCCCUUAACCAACAGUGCAUUUAUUUUAAACAAAAAAAGUAAGAAUAAAACAACAACAAAAAAAGUGUUGAGGAAAAAAAGAGCAGAAGUAAAAUAAAGUGACAGUAGGGAGGCUAUAUAUACAGUAAAAUAAAGUGACAGUAGGGAGGCUAUAUAUACAGGGGGGUACCGUUGCAGAGUCAAUGUGCGGGGGCACCGGCUAGUUGAGGUAGUUGAGGUAAUAUGUACAUGUGGGUAGAGUUAAAGUGACUAUGCAUAAAUACUUAACAGAGUAGCAGCAGCGUAAAAAGGAUGGGGUGGGGGGGGCAGUGCAAAUAGUCCGGGUAGCCAUGAUUAGCUGUUCAGGAGUCUUAUGGCUUGGGGGUAGAAGCUGUUGAGAAGUCUUUUGGACCUAGACUUGGCACUCCGGUACCGCUUGCCGUGCGGUAGCAGAGAGAACAGUCUAUGACUAGGGUGGCUGGAGUCUUUGACAAUUUUGAGGGCCUUCCUCUGACACCACCUGGUAUAGAGGUCCUGGAUGGCAGGAAGCUUGGCCCCAGUGAUGUACUGGGCCGUACGCACUACCCUCUGUAGUGCCUUGCGGUCAGAGGCCAAGCAGUUGCCAUACCAGGCGGUGAUGCAACCAGUCAGGAUGCUCUCGAUGGUGCAGCUGUAGAAUUUCUUUGAGGAUCUGAGGAUGUGUUCUUUCCUUGUGACAUUUUCAGGAUUCAUUAUCAGGAACUCCAAUCCACAACUCCAACUUGAUAAACUGAUGUUGAUUCAUUGAUCACUUUCCCUGCAUUUCCUAUUUUGUUAUUUCAUAAAAGGGAAUCAAAUAAAUAGUGGGCUGGAUAGUUACAAGGUUCUAAACCAUAGAUACUUCAGUAAUGGACAGUUUACAGUCUCUGGCUGAACUCUUUUUGUGUGAACUUCUUAUUUAAUCAAAUAAUUCUGUCCCAGGUGUCUAAUAUUCCCCCCUCCUUCUUUAUAAGAUGGGGGGAUCAGGAUGUAAUUUAAUAUGACUCUCUGGGUGAAUGUGUUCCAACUCACGGUGAUCAUUUCCUCUUAAUCUUUAACCAAAGUCUUUGUUGCUUGGUAAUAAAACGAUUCCUCUGGUUAUACUGCUCUGUGUGUGCAUACAAGGAGGGAUUCGUAGGUGAGGCCAGGCAGGUAACCUUGCAUAGUGUACAUUAGAGUCAGGUAUGCCAUGUGACUAGGGUUGCAAAAUUCCAGGAACUUUCAAUACAAUACCUGGUCAUUCAGAAAUCCUGGUUGGAGAUUCUGGAUUUCCUGCUUAUUCUCUCCUGAUUCCGGGAAUCCUCCAACAGGGAUUUAGGGAAAACCAGGGAAUUUAUUGAAAGUUCCAAUAAUUUUUAUACCCUACAUAUGACCAUUCAAAUAUGAUCAGGAGUUGAGGAGUUGCGACACAGGCACAGCAGCACAGGAACACAGACCUCUCUCAUAUCUCGUAUCUGACCUCUUUAGAAUAUCAAGGAAGUCACAGUGUGAUGUUAGCAUUUAGAGUUGAGGCCGUGGAACAAUAAACGUAUUGUUAUUGCUCUCAAAUGGCUGGUAUUCUCAACUUCUGAUGUCAAGUGAGAAUCGAUCGAUAUACAAGAGGCGUGUGAUCUUGGACAUGGGAUAUUUAAGACAUACAUUAGGCCUACUGUAAUCUUCAAACGAAUUGUAAGGUUCUUAAAAUUCACCAUCAUUAGUAACAUCAAGACUAUCCUUCACAAUUGAGCAUAACAACAAUUUUUCUUAUGUAAAUGCAGGUUACUCAUGUGGUGAUGCUUGGAGUUGAGUAUGUGUUCUUUCCUGUUUUUGAAGGAGUGUAGAGUAUGUGAUGGAAAUCUGUGGUUGAGUGUGUGUAUGCCCUUCUGAUGCCCAGUCUGAGGACCAGUGUGUAUAUGCGUGCAUGUACCAAUGUGUGUGUGUGUCUGCGUUAGUGUGUGUGUGUGUGUGUGUGUGUACAGUAUGUGUGCAUGUGCCCCUCUCUCUGGCCAGAUGUGAAAGACAUUCUUUGUGUAGGGUUUGGACACUCCGAGGGGUCGCCUAUACAAAAUUCCCGCCUGCUGAAGUAAUGGCACCGUCGGAAAAAAACGACUAUUGUAGUUCAAUGACAAUGAAACGCCUCUCUUCAAUGGCAUGGCGAGAAAAAUGUAGGCAGUUUAUUUUGUGUCCCUCAUUCUUUUCUUACUCUGGCUGCCACAUUCUCAAGUGCAUGCCCAUGCAUUCUUCCCCUUUGUAUCUCUGCCCUCUCACUUAGCCUGGCCCUGGCCUCUUAGCUACGUCUCUCUCUGCCAAGUCUCUCUCUCUCUCUGAAAUAUGGUUAACGAACUCUGUUCCAACCAUAGAGAUGUAUAGAGAUUGCAACGUUGUAUCUGUGCCAUUAUGGCAUCGGUGACAGCAUCCAUUUGAAAGUAGUACAAGCUAAUAUUGGUGACUUACUGUCCCCUGCAGUGCUGGAGUCUUGAACCUAAUCUUGUGUGUCAUGAAUUUAUUGUGGCCACUAGAUGGCGGUCAUAUAGCUUAAAGCCAUCAACGAACUAGGCAAACCAAUUUGAAGAAGAAAAUGCUCUGAUCAUUGGCUGAUCGCGCCCAACCCAUAGGAAUCCCCACCCAGUUUACUAUUUUAAAAUGGUGGAAGCCAUCAAUGGCAAUGUCCAUGCAAAAAUUGGUUAUUUCAAUUAUCUCUAUACAUCUCUAUGGUUCCAAUUCCUUGGGAAUUGGGACUUUCAGGAGCCAAUGCUUCAGAGCCUCUUAAAAGUUUGACUCAGUUUGAUGGUCUGUACAGUGAACCUAUUACCUAAUGUGAGAGUGUUACGUUGUAUUAACCAGAGUACAGAGAUUUAGCCUCUGACAUGAGAUAUUGGAAACUGCUAAAUGGCACAUUAUAUUAUUAUAUUGGAAACUGCUAUUGUGUGAUAUUACGUUUUUUACAUAUACAUUUUAGUCAUUUAGCAGACACUCUUAUCCAGAGCGACUUACAGGAGAAAUUAUGGUUAAGUGCCUUGCUCAAGGGCUCAGACAGAUUUUUCACCUAGUCGGCUCAGUGACCUUUCGGCGACCUUUCGGUUACUGGCCCAAUGCUCUUAACCGCUAGGCUACCUGCCGCUACCUACCUACCUGUGACAUUCAAACAUAAUGCAGUAUGUAUCAUUGCGGCCCAGUAGUGGGUGUAUAUCUGGUUCACAUUUCUGAUCAAAUGUCUCAAAGAGGUGACACUGACUCACUGAAUGGCCUUAAUUAUUCCCUCACCCUGCAGAAAAGGCCAAGGAAUGUUCUAGAAUGGCUACAGCAGCUUUGUGUUCUUAUGUUCUGAUUGUUUGAGAAAGGUUGGAGAGGGUGGCAGUGGCCUUUAGUAGCUCUGAAUACAGAAGAGAAACAUUUGAUGAUGUCAAUGGAGAGACAAAUUAGCCUGGUUCCAGAACAGUUUCUGUUGCAAAACAUUUUGGGAGACCAGGCUAGAGACAAAUAACCUAGAGGGGAUAAUAGGAGGAAUACAGUUAGUUACAGUAGUGUUGUGGUAUUUGGUAUUGAUUUACAAGGGGUUGAAUGAGACUGUGAGUGAGUGAAUAUAGAGUCAUUGUGGGUGAGGUAGACAGCAGGCUCAUAUCUACUCUCUGUCUCAAGCAGUUCCUUUUCCCUCGUUAAUUAAUGAUUAAAACAGUCUCUGGUACCUCCGCUCUAAGGGGGUUCAUACACGUCAAUAGUCCUGGAGUUGCUAUUGACAGACCCGCCUAUAAUGCUGAAAAUACUCGCCAAUAGCCUAUUAAUUCUCAUGAAAAUAAGAGGGCUAAUUUAAUUGAGAGCAAAUGAAUGACUCUAUUGGCAUACAGUAGAUACAUUAUGACAGCAUAGUUGAAUUGAAUGGUAUCAUAUCAUAUUGUAUUAAUGAAAUGUCUCUCCACCCCUCUCUCCCUGUCCCUCAGCGCUGUAAAGACUGCCUCAACAAACUAGCCAUAGCGGUGAUGAACCACUGGCCUGGGACGAAGCUGAGGGUGACAGAGGCCUGGGAUGAGGAUGGCCAUCACCCCCCUGACUCUCUUCAUUAUGAGGGACGGGCCGUGGACAUCACCACGUCAGACCGCAUCCCAGACAAGUAUGGCAUGCUAGCCCAGCUGGCUGUGGAGGCUGGCUUCGACUUUGUGUACUAUGAGUCCAAGUACCAUGUGCACUGCUCCGUCAAAGCUGGUAAGUCAAGUGGAUAUUAACUGGCAUAUUUAAUACAUGACAAAUACAUUAUUUCCAGUGAUUUGCCUUUGGAUGUAUUUGACAUUUAUUCCUGUCAUUAUUUUCAUACAUUCAUGCAUAACUUAUGUCAUCUUAUAUCAUAUCAAUGUUAUUAAGAAAAUAUAGUGUUUCAGUCAUCUUACAGUAGGUCCUUCUCUAUUGAUUCCCCCCUCAGAUCACUCAGUGACGGUGGAGAAGGGGGGCUGUUUCCCAGGCUGGGCCCGGGUGACCCUGGCCGGAGGGGAACAGAAGACCCUGGCCUCCCUGGAGCCUGGAGACAGAGUGUUGGCCCUGUCCGGGUCAGGACACAUCGUCCUCAGCCGCGUCCUUCUAUUCCUACACCAAGACCAUGAGAGCAGGUCCACUUUCCUGGUCCUGGCCACAAAAGAUGGCCGCCGCCUAGCCCUCACUCCCCACCACCUGGUCUUCCUUGCCCCCCAAUACAAACUCCACCACAGUGAGUACCAGGCUCAGUUUGCCAGUAGAGCCAAACCGGGGGACUAUGUACUCAUCCAUGGAGCGGACGGCCGAGUACAACCAUCCAGGAUCUCAUCUGUAUCGCAGGAGGAAGGGAUGGGUGUAUACGCACCCCUUACAGAACACGGCACUCUGUUUGUGGGUGGGGUGCUGGCAUCCAGCUAUGCACUUAUAGAGGACCAUAGACUGGCACACUGGGCGUUUGGGCCUCUGAGACUGCUGCUGUCAUUCACCCAGCUGGUUCGGGGGGAGGGCACACUGGGAGCGCAGGUCACAGAGGCAGAGAGAGAGCACACGAAGACGCCCACUCACUGUAACACUCAACAGAAGAGCCUGAGAGUUUGUGUGAAUCAGACACUCAGAAGCCCAGGCGUGUACAUGAAUACAAAUACUUCAGACAGACAAAGCAGUUGGGCUGCUGUACCCAUAAACAGAGACAUUGAGGGAGGACACUGUGACUCUGUGCAAGAAAAGGUUUUGAGUGUACACUGGUAUGCUAGGCUGUUACACAGGCUUGGACAGUUCUUUCUAGACCCUAAGACAUUUCAUCAUUAGGUUAAAGGCACUAUAGGUUCAACUCUGGUGCCUGUAUACUACUGAUAAUUUCUACUGUACU